CACGGCCGCUGGAGAGGUUCGCACCUGUGAAGGCGACAGUGCGUAGUGGAUCACAGCUGCUGCUGCUUUGCAUUUUGAGCGAAUCAGCUUGGGGUCCUCCAGAUGGACUGAGUCGGGGGCGGAGCUCAUCUGGAAGUCUCUCAUUGGCCACUGUCCUUUCUAAAGAAGUCACUUGCCUUCCCGAGUCUGCCUGCCCUGAGCUGCUGGGGACUCUCUGGGAGCUGAGAGAAUGGUACUCUUCAGGCAGCUGUCCCCGGGGUCCAAGGCUGCCCUGGCUGCAGCCACUGUCUUCGUGUCCAUGAUCCUCUCCCGCUCCUUUCUGGCUGAGACCCUUGAGCUCCAGGCCUGGCGCUGGCUGUUUCGCUUGCAGAUGGUCCUGUUUGUCAACUCCCUCAUGCUCAUUGGUUCCUUGUACAUCUGGCGGAGCACAGUGAGCAACCUCAGCCAUUCCCCUGCCGUGGGAUCCACCUGUUUCCAGCUUUGGAAGCUGGUUGUCGUGGCGUUUCUGGCCCUGGCACAUUCCAGUUUCUUCACCAUGCUCUUCUUGGUGGCCGAGGAACCCUAUGUGUUUUCUUUAGCAGCCUACUCCUGCCUGGGUGCUUACAUUAUUAUGGUUUUCUUCCUCUGUAUCUUGAACGCCAUGGAGCAGGCCUACCAGUUCUUAGCCUGGCGCACUGGUAGGGUGGUGGGCAGCCUUGACAAGACAAGGUACCUGGUGCUCAGGCCUGCCCUGGCAGUGGCGGUGACGGCCGUACUCAGUACCAUUGGCCUUCUGAAUGCUGCCCAGCCCCCAGUGGUGAAAACCGUGGAGGUACCCAUCCAUCAGCUACCCCCCUCUAUGAAUAACCUCAAGAUUGUGCUCCUUUCGGACAUUCACUUGGGGCCCACAGUGGGCAGAACCAAGAUGGAGAUGUUUGUGAGGAUGGUGAACAGGCUAGAGCCGGACAUCACCGUGAUCGUGGGUGACCUCUCCGAUUCGGAAGCCUCCACCCUGCAGACGGCAGUUGCUCCUUUGGGCCAGCUCCGUGCCCGUCUUGGCACCUACUUCGUCACGGGUAAUCACGAAUACUACACGUCGGAUGUCAGCAACUGGUUCGCACUGCUAGAAUCCUUGCAUGUCCGACCUCUGCAUAAUGAGAACGUGAAGAUUUCUGCCCCCAGGGACCAGGACGGUGGUGGGGCUGAUAAAGAGUGGGUCUGCUUGGCGGGCGUAGACGACAUAGAAGCAGACGUCCUUCACUACGCCGGCCACGGCAUGGACCUUGACAAAGCUCUGGAGGGCUGCAGCCCAGACAGCGCCACCAUCUUGCUGGCUCACCAGCCUCUGGCUGCCAAGAGAGCCCUCCAGGCUCGGCCAGAUAUCAACUUAAUUCUUUCUGGGCACACUCAUGCAGGGCAGAUCUUCCCCUGGAAUGUCGCAGCCUAUCUCCUGAACCCUUUCUUUGCUGGACUCUACCAAGUAGGCCAGACUACAUUUGUGUAUGUCAGUCCAGGCACAGCCUACUAUGGGAUACCCAUGAGGUUGGGGAGCAGGGCGGAAAUCACAGAACUCAUCCUGUGGCGGGCUCCCUAAGCCUGCCCCAGUGGCCCUUCCCGCCUUGUCCUUACCCAACACCUUUGUCCGUCUCCUGCUCCGGCCUAGUCCUGCCAGCACCCCUUUGGCCACAGCCUGCUGGGAACAGCGAUUUGCAAGGGAACCGGCUGCCUAACAAGUUCAGGCUGAUUAAACUCUUCAGAUAAUCAGUUGCUUUUUGGUAGUACACCUGUGAGUCCACUCGGCCACAUAAAUGCGAACACACGUUUGUUUUCCAGCCUGCUGUAGGGGAGAGGCUCUUUUGUAGAGGGUUGGGUGGUUGGAAAGGACACCUCUGAGUUCAAACUCAGGGAGAGGCAGGAACACUUGUCUCCUGUGGGUUUAACCCUGGUUAGGACUUGGGUGGGUUCUGAAAUUUCUUGAUCUAGAGACAGUUGGUCUGGGCAUGGACCAUGUUGAGAGGUCAGUUGAGAUGGGUGCCAUCCCUCUGCUUGCUGGAGGGCUGUAUCCCUUUCCCCCUUGGUUCAGUCAAGGUCACCUUUAUUGAGGACAUCAGUAGAACCCAUGAGAGCAUGGGGCCCUUCCUGUCUUGACCUUGAGGGGUGCUGAUUGCUGGGCUUGGUGGCUGUAGAAGAAGUCAUGGGAAUCGUGGUAGGUGACGGCUCUAGUCUCUUCAUAUCUAGGCGGCUCUGAAUCCUGGUUCUGUGUCGUCUUUGGAUGUUUUCUGUGUUCAGGGGUGAGGAAACAACACUGACGUGAUGAGGUAUGUCUCAAGGCUGAGAGUGUGGUGCAGAGACAGAGCACUUGCCUAGGAGGUGCCCGACUUUGAGUUCCAACCCAGCAUCACAAAACAAAACUUGUAAGGUAGAGAG